CUCCUCCAUUUUCCGUUCACCUUCAUUUUCCAUCCUCCUCCUCUUUCUACCUCUAACAACCAUGCAAGCUGUAAUUAAUUCCACAAUCCCCCCUCAAAAUCUCUCUCACUUUCACCUCCGCCGCUCCUCUUUCAAGUACCAAAUCUCUCCUUUGAACCCCUCCGCCCCCAAGAUUUCUUCCUUUAGAUCCGCCGCCGUCGCGGUUCACGUCACUCGCCGCCAUCUCGCUAACCUCGACAAGUUGCUCAACAAAACCGAUCCCCCUCUCAAGGUUGACCCCCAGCCGGUUCAUAAGGACCCCAACAAGGGAUCCCUCCACAUGCCCAUCAAAGGGAAGGGGCUUUUGGAAGGCCUCAACCUCUCCAGACUCUGGCCGGAGGUCAAGGCCCCAGAGGAAAUGUCCCCUAGAAAUUUGAACCGGUUGCAGCGCCUACUGUCAAAGACAGUGGAGUACUCGCCGAGAAACGCCCUCGGUCAGCGGUGGCGCGAGUACCACGGCUGCAACGACUGGUCCGGUUUACUUGACCCGCUCGACGAAAACCUCCGCCGUGAAGUUGUCCGUUAUGGCGAGUUCGUACAAGCCGCAUACCAUGCCUUCCAUUCAAACCCCACCACAUCACCCAACGAGCCCCCACUCCCUCGCCACGUGACGCUUCCCGAUAGAUCUUACAAAGUCACAAAGAGUCUCUACGCCACAUCAUCGGUCGGCCUACCCGGUUGGAUCGAUGAGGUUGCUCCCGAUCUCGGCUGGAUGACCCAACGGUCGAGCUGGGUUGGAUACGUGGCCGUUUGCGACGAUCGUCGUGAAAUUGCUCGAAUGGGACGACGUGAUAUAGUCAUAGCCCUUCGUGGCACUGCCACCUGUCUCGAAUGGGCCGAAAACGUUAGGGCCCAACUCAUCGACAUCCCUGCUGACGUUGACACCAAAGACUGCGGUGAUCCGAAAGUGGAGUGCGGAUUUCUAAGUCUGUAUAAAACUGCAGGAGCACACGUGAGGAGCUUAUCGGAAUCAGUGGUAGAGGAGAUUCGACGAUUGACGGAGAUGUACAAAGGAGAAACUCUAAGCAUCACAGUCACUGGUCAUAGCCUGGGUGCAGCAUUAGCUAUUCUCGUAGCAGACGAGAUCAGUGUUUGUUCAGCAGAGGUUCCGCCUGUAGCGGUGUUCUCAUUUGGCGGACCUCGUGUGGGGAACAAAAUGUUUGCAGAUCGAAUAAAAUCUCGAAACGUGAAGGUACUGCGGAUCGUGAACUCACAAGACGUGAUAACACAGGUACCACCAAAUCCAAUGACGUACUCGCACGUGGGAACCGAGCUUCGAGUGGAGACGAAGAUGUCACCAUUCUUGAAACCUAACGCUGACAUAGCAUGUUGUCACGAUUUAGAAGCGUAUUUGCAUCUGGUGGAUGGAUUCAUGUCAUCAAAAUGUCCGUUUCGGCCGAAUGCAAAACGGAGUUUAGUGCGAUUGGUGCAAGAUCAAAGGGGGAAUAUGAAGAAAUUGUAUAUGAGGAAGGUGAAGGAUUUAGGGUUUAAUCCAGAGUUGCAAACGGUGGGGUGUUUGCCGAGUCCCUCCUGAUUCGACUAGAAGAUCAAUUUUUAGAUUCACAUCUUCCUCCGCUCCUCUCUGUAAAUUUGGGGAUUUUGGUAGAAGAUGGUUGGAUUGUAGGGAUUAGGUUUUAUGAACAUACACACAAUUUGAACGGGGAAGAAAAUAUUCUUUCCUUUUUUAAAAUUAGUAGGUAUUGUUUUGAUUUCUUUAUUUUUGUGAGGGUGGAGAUAAGAAAUUUCUCUUUCCCUCAUCACAAUCCUUUUCUUUUUCUCGCUUCACCUGAUGAAUUAUGUUCAGAUUGGAGUGUUAUAUACAUCAUAUAUUAAAAAGGAGUACUACUAAUCUAAUAUAAUAAUUAAUUAAGUGCA